GUCAGUUUUGAUCUUUACAACUGUAAACGAAACGAGAAGAAAGAACCUAUUAAUCCCUUCGCACUGAUGCCCUUCAUGAUUUCGACAAGGAGGUUAGGCGCGCUGAUGGUGGUGGUGCUCUUGAUUGGGCUGGGGAUGGUUUCACCCACGACAGGCUUCGUUUUCACCCUGAAGCCAAACACCAGGUGCUGCUUUUACGAUGAGUCCUCGAGCAACACCAAAAUCCGCAUCGGCUAUAAGGCCACUGAGGCCCCAGAGCAGAUACUCCAUGUUGUCUUAUCUGGGCCCAAUGAUGUCGUGUACUGGGAAGACAAUCGAGAUGAGUCCGUCCACGAGUUUCGCAACCUCCAUGGCGGACUCCAGACUCUUUGCUUCUAUUCCUCUCUGAAUCGCGUGACACGCCGUGUGCCGUCAAAUCGGACCAUCACCCUCAGACUUGGCAACGACUUCAACGAAAUGCCGGUUAUUAAUCCGGGGAAGAAGCUGAAGCCGCUUGAAGCGCAGCUUCGAAAGAUCGAAUACGCGAUUUUUGGCAUCCAUAAUGAGUAUUUGUAUUAUAAGGAAAAGGAGGCAGAAAUGCGAGCUGCAAACGAGGCCAUGACAUCAAAGGUAAUGUGGAUUUCCGUUAUGGUUAUUGUUAUAUUUUUGUUGUUUUCGUACUUCCAGUUACGUCAUCUUAAGUCAUAUUUCCGGAAAAAGAGGAUGAUCGAUUAAAUCUCCCAGAUUCAAUAUGUAUAAUGGUAAAUUGAAGGGACUAAGAUAAAUACCGAGUUCCUUGUAUCUUGGUGGCUUGCUGGAGUACUGGAACCCUUUUCUUCUCUAAUUACGAUUUUUAUUUUUUUACGCUAGAUAUCGAUCUUGGGGAUAGAAAGUAAGGAACCAAUUUUGCGUUAAGAUUGUGAGGUAUGAUCUUUUUAAAAAUUUGUUUGUGUGUAUGUUUGUUUUUCGCAAAUAUACUUUCCUGAAGUAGUUGAAUCUUCGAAAAUGCGUCUUAGAGUUAAAA